GGCAGUCAUAAAAAGUGCAGCGGACCAGCAGACCUCAACAUACUUGGCUGUGGACACAAGUAUUGAACAGUGAACAGAGGAUUUCAGUUGACUCUCUCGGCCUGAAGGGUACAGCAUGUCCGAAAUGCGUGACGACAUUUUCACAAAGAACUUCUUGAACCUGGCCCUGGACGACGCCUUGCUCACAAGACAAUCUCAACUCAAAGUCCCGGGACAGGGUCGACUGAACCGGUCCGCCUCGAUCUUUUCGCCCGACUCCCCGCCCACGUCAUCCGACGUCGGCUUCGGCGGCGAGCGUGUCAGCGACGACGACAAUGGCAGCUCGCUCUGGUCGUUCAACAUCUGGAGCCAGGCCCCCGGCCUUCAGACAAAAACAUCCGCCCUGCAAGCGCGCUCCAUGAGCCUGACUGAGUCCAGCAUCUCCCUGCUGUCCACGAUCGAGCAACUCAAGAACCUGGAGGCUUUUCCCUCAGGACCUGCAACAACGGUGGCCCCGCCGCCAGGCUUCCCUCCCGCGUCCAAUCUGCCGGCCCAGGUUCAACCCAUGCUCUCCUCGAACCGUUACAAGACCGAGCUCUGCCGCGGUUUCCAGGAGACCGGCAGCUGCAAGUACGGCAGCAAGUGCCAGUUUGCCCACGGCGAGGCGGAGCUGCGUGGAAUGUACCGUCACCCAAAGUACAAGACGGAGCCCUGCAGAACCUUCUACAACUUCGGGUACUGCCCGUACGGCUCACGUUGCCACUUCAUCCACGAGGAACGACGCAGCGGCGGCCAACUCGCAUCAGCCAAAUUCCAGCAAAACCAGACCGCAACCGGCGGUCAGAACCCACGCCACCAGCUUCGCCAAAGUGUGAGCUUUGCAGGCUUCCUGGGCUCGUCCCGCACCUCCCCUCCGCCUCCGUUCCCUACAUCCUUCGUCGAUCCCAACCUGGGCUUCAGCAGGGCUUCGUCCGUCUCCCCGCCCCCGGCGGACCUCAUUUCCCCGGUGUUCGGCGACUCCCACUCGCGGGACGUGGCGGCCUUCCAGUUCGGCACCCACCAAACCCGCGCCAGUUCCGGGGACAUCCACAACAUUCCUCUCAUCGUGGAGCCCAAGGCCUCGCGCUGCCUCUGCGGCCACGGCAAUGACUUCUCCGCUUUGCAAGGACACGGCGGCAGAAGCUUCCCCAAGACGCUGGACGGGAGCCAGCAGGACGGCAACACGCUGUACGCGGGCGGGUCGAUGAAGCACGCCAGUCUGCAGCGCUUCUCCUCCGAGGACUCCCUGGAGGACAGCUACAGCAGCAGCAGCGGAGGCUCCAGCGGGACUGAGUCUCCGACCUUUGACGCCUCGUCCAACAAGCGGCUCACGGUCUUCGAGCGCCUCUCCUUGUCCGACUAGGCGGACCCCUCAGGAUAAGAACUGUGUCUGUCUUCGUACCCAGAACUGAUCAGGACAAGUCAACUUUUUGACGACGUAACACUUCUUAAUUUGUCAAAUCCGAACUCAUCUUGGGCAAAGAGAUCCCUCUAGUGCCGAUUGGGGUGUAGCAAAUUCGACCUUGUGGUCUUCCACCAAUCAAAUUCCUCGUAGCGCCAGUUUGAUUGGUUUGCGAUCAAACUGACUCGUCAGCGGCGACCAUCCUCGUGCCUUAAAGACUCUCCCUGCCUCA